AUGCGCGCAGUGGAAGAGCCUUUACUCAUCACAGUUACUCCAGAACGACCAAGUGCGCCAUUAAACAGACAACAGAAGCGUUCAGCGAACCGUCGCAGUCGCAACGAAAGCGGAAAAAGUACAAAUGGUCAAACUGCGAUAUCAGUGCUGAAUGCUGCGAUCUCUUCUAAAGUAACUGUUUCGCCUGUUCUUCUCUCUUCCAAAUCUAACGUUUCCAAUGACGAAUGGGUGAAGGCUAGCAAAAAAUCUAAAGCGGCAAAUAAGGCAAAGACUUCAAGCACGUUGAUUUCUACUACCGGCAAAGAUUUUUACUUGGAUGAUAACUAUAGUGGUUGGAAAGAUGUUGAACUGUCUCGACGCCGCUCUGCGACUCUGAGUGUUUGCAGCAGUGUUAUUGCAAGAGUAAUAGGUCGAGGUGGUGCAAACAUCAAUGCGAUACGUGAAGCAACUGGUGCUUCAAUCGAAGUAGAAAAACAAUCAGCUGUACGGCGCGACCAACACGAUCGCCAGAUCUGUAUUCGUGGAACGCAAGAAACAGUGCGGUGAGC